AUGGCGGAUGAUCCAAAGUUCGCCGACCUCGCACCAAACAUCCAAGCGGGCCUGGAGAACAUGCGUAAGUGGUAUCGGUCAACCGAUGACUCUGUGGCGUACUUUGCGAGCAUGUUCUUUGAUCCGAAAUGGAAGGACCGGUAUGCACGCAAGAUGUGGGAUGAGGAUGCCAUUUUACAGUACGAUGACUAUUACAACGCUUUCCAGGACAGCUUAUUGGCUCGGCCUAUACCCUCAUUCGCAGGCACCGCAUCUGCCACGGCCGCGCCACCUGCUCCCACCCAAUAUGGAGCGUCAUGGAUGGCCGCCGCCGUUGAUUCCGAUGACGAGAAUGGACUCACUACCGCCGACAAGCGCCUUGAGCUGCGCAACUACCUCUCUGCACCACGCGAGAAGGAUGCGACUGAUAUUGUCGCAUGGUGGGGUCUCCAUUCCAGCACCUACCCUGUCCUCGCGCGCAUGGCCCUGGAUUAUUUGCCUAUACAAGGCUCUGCCUCGCCAUCAGAGCGUGCCUUUUCUUACAGCGGUCUUGAUGAUGUUGCGCGUCGUAACCGUAUUAAUCCGGUUCUCUUCUCAGCGUUACAGAUUCUCAAGGGAGCGUACAGGAAUGGAAGGAUCUCGGCAUCCAAGGAGGUGGCUGAGCAAGCACGCAAACUUUUUGCGGCAAUGGAUAUUCUCGAGGAGUCAGAUGACGAGUAG